CUAGCAACCAAUUGUAAACAGACGACCCUUCCAAGCUUCGUUCUGCAAGCAUCACAUUACACGCUGGACAUACCACGGCUCGCUCAAUGUACCAGUCGCCAUGGAUAUCCUCGCCGCCAACGAUCAAGAGAACCUGGUGCACAAUCUGCACGCCGGCGCUGCUGGCAAGUCGCUCAAUGCCGGCCUGAAGGGAUUCAAUGCCAAAACACCAGGAAAGAAGGCCCCGAAGACGCCGUUCAAGGUCCCGCUCAACGACGAAAACGCAGUGGCACGAGGUGGAAAGUCAGUCUUGAAGACCAAUGGGAAGGGCAGUGAGAAUCUGUUGGUGACCGGCAAGAAGGACGGGAAGCUGGAUAACAAUGCAUUCGUUACGCCGGCUGGUCCUCGCACACGCGCGCCCUUGGGCAUGAAAACUACCAACGCGAAGACCAAAGCUUUCCAAACCCCUGCCCCGCUCUCCGCGUCCGCAAAGACACAGAAAGCUAGCCCUCGCCUACGCCGUCCGAAGGUCAAGGUCCACCAGCCUGAAGUUCAAGAUGAGGAAGACGACGUUCCGGAGAUCGAAUACAUGCCUCCGAAGGAGGUCCCGCUGCCAGACGACAUGGAUGAUUACUUGCCUCGCGACUGGAAGUUCCCCAUGUUCGAGGGCAAGAACAUGACGCGUGGCAUCUGGGAGGCAUAUCACAAUCCGAUUGAGGAUGAUGGUCGCACGAAGCUCCGACGCGAAUUUGAGGAGGGACUGGACCGUGAUAUCAAGAAGAAGAACGAGGAGUUCGACAAGAUGUUCGCUGAACAGUGGGAGAAAGACCAGGCGGAAGCUAGGAGACACUUUGGUGUUGAGUCGCCGAAGAAGACUGCGCCGAAGGCUAGCAUCAAGCCGGAUGCUUUGAAAAAGAAGGCCACCGGUCCCUCAACCCUGAAGGCCAAGUCAGCUGUAUCAGCUUUCUCGGAGGCACCCAAGCCCCACUACGCAGCUCCAACUGCGGCAGCAAAGUCAAAGAUUCCCGCUGGCCUCAUUUCAAGCAGGAGGUCGUCGAAGGCUGCCGUUGAUCCUUCCGCUUCCCGUCACGCUGCCGCUACCGCCGCCUCAAAGAGUACCAUCGGUUAUGCUCAAGGUCGCGCAGCCAGAACAAAUACCACCGCGCGUCAACCUCUCUCCAACGUCACGAAGCCCGCUCCCUUGUCUACCGCUACCCGACGACCCACCACUUCCUCAUCCCUCCAUAACCGCAACGCAAGCACCAACUCGGUCAUCGCGAAGCCUCGUGGCGCAUUCUCUCGUUCAAGCUCAACCUCCACCAACGCCACGCUCGUCGCGCCCGCGCAAGACGAGCAGCCUUUCCGUACUGCCGAAGACGUCGAGCGCGAAAUGGAGCUUUUACUGCUCCAGAACUCUGAUGACGAGGAUGCCGAUGCCUGGGCUAACAGUUUCGCUAGUCAGCUGGAGGGUGGUGACCCUUUUGAUGAGGAUCUAGAGGGAUUUCAGCUGCAGCUCCCGACUGGCUUGUAGCCGGCCGGGUGUGAACUUUGGGUGGUCCAUGAUCCAGUGCCGGAGGACUCGGACGGAGCUCGUCAUUGGGUAUCGAGGGAGUUCAGAGGGCGUCAUAUGACGGAUGAGUGGGUUGUGAGAAGUUUCAUUCUUUCAGGUGUUUGUUUUUGUGUGGAGUUGAUAUAUUGUAUUGAAGUACCACUUUGGAUAAAGCCUCUGGAUUUUGCGCCUUUGAGCACCCUUCUCUAUCGUUUGUGGUCAGCGCAGAUACGAAACAAAGUUGAACCUAUGGGCCUUGGAGUGAGAUGUACUACCGUGCAACAACGCCAUGGCCUAUCAUUGAUGCACACUGUGGUCUUGGCUUGCAAC